UGCAGCACGGGGACCUUCAAGAGAAAAUUGGACCUGUUUCUGCCGGGGAUCCCUGAUGAGCCCCUGACCAUAUUAAUAUGCGUAUUAUCCACCUGAAAGGUGCCCUGCGCAUUAUCAUUCAGAUCCAGGAGUGGAGCAAAGUGUAGGGGCGGUGGACUCCCAAGUCGACCGUGGUGAACAUCAAGAACAACAAGACAAGACCACACUCAGUUAGGGACUGUGCGACUCAAGUUCGAGAGCGUCUUGGUACGAGCAAGGGACGACUGGCGGCCCGGCGAGGAGCAGCAGGAGCAGGAUGUUGCGUUCCUUGUGCUGCCAGCUCACAGCACAUGGCAAGGCUGUUGGUGUUGCCCUCAGACCUGCACUUCAGGGGGGCCUCAGAGGAUAUGCCGGGCCCAGUGCCAUCCUGCCCAGCCAGAACUUUGUGUGUCAGUAUGGCACUGGUGUGCGGCAGAUGGGUCUCUUGUCUCUGAAGAAUGUUUCUGGGUUCCACUCAAUCCUGAACACCAAGUUAGGGGUGCCAGCAGCACUGCCUAGACUAUCACCCCUUGUUCUCCCCCCUGCUACCACCAUCCCCAGUCGCUCAUUGGUCAAGUGGUCGAUGCAGAAGGGCAAGCGGAAGUCAGUCAAGCCUGUUCUAAAGCGUUUCAAGAGACUGCACUGGGCCGGACGUGGCAUCUGGAUCAGGCCGAGAGCAGGUGCCAAAAAGAGAGUCUGGAAGAAGUCACCGGCACAGAGGCUGAGGUGCAAGACACAUGUUUUCUGCAAUUCAACACAGUCAAAUAUGUUGGAUAAGAUGGUGACCAAAUACUGGAGGAAAAUGAGGCACUACCCAGAUGAUCCUUAUGGCCCUUAUAUGAGGAGAGAAAACUUCAGCCUAACAAACAGAUACCCGAGGGAGUUUUACUAAUGGUCAUGAGGUACAGUGUGUUUGCCACUUCAUCCACAUCCUUCCAGUCGGUGCUCAUCAAGAAAACACUGCUCUGUAAAAGUAAAACUGAUCCGAGGUAUUAAACUGAACCAUCAUUAAAUUAGAAUGUCUUUAUUUUGAGUAGUUCAUUUUUAUUACCACAUAUUUUAUUACCUCAUAUUUUUUCAUCACUCAGUCUUGCAGGGUAGUGUUUUGGAUGAACAUGUUAGUUGGAUGGUGUGAACAAUGGGCAAACAUACCCUACUGGAGUGUUCGUAUAUAUCAGCCGCAUAUAUCAGCUGGACCACAACUCCAGCAGCCUGAUAAUGUGGGUUAGAGCAGUGUGACAUCUAAGAAGCAGACCACGAUUCUCCUACUCUCCUUUGUUUGUAUGAUUUUUUUUUAUAUAAUGUAGUGUAAAUAAAAAUUAGUAUAGCUUUAA